CAACCGCACGGAAGGCACAACGCAGAAUGAAGGAAGCCAGUCAGACAAGAGUGAAGUCAAGUCCAGCAUCUUGCGCGUGAAGGGGAGUCAUGUUUUGAAGGCCUGAUCGCCAAACAACGUGAGUGUGGCUUUCAAUAGCAGCCACAACCUCACUCAACAUCCCCCAACCCCACCAUCUCCAGAAUCCGAAAGGAAGUCAAGGCCACAAGUCCGUGUUGAAACCCAUCGACCCAUCGAUAGAUAGAUAGAUAGAUAGAUAGAUAGAUAGAGACUACUCAAUCCGUUGGUUCAGAGUUCAAUAAUAGAUCGCUUGAGAGGUCAGAGGUCCACUGGCCUCAGUAUGCCCGAAGCCAAGAAGCGCAAAGUGGCGCUCAUGGGCUCCCGAUCCGUGGGCAAAUCCUCGUUGGCCAUUCAGUUCGUUCAAGGCCAAUUUGUGGACCACUAUGAGCCCACCAUCGAAAAUACCUUUAACAAGAAGGUCAACUUGCACGGGAGCGAGUAUGAGUUGUACUUGGUGGACACGGCCGGUCAGGAUGAGUACUCGAUCAUGCCCCCGGAAUACUCAGUGGACGUGCACGGAUACGUCCUAGUCUACUCGAUCGACUCCAUGAAGAGCCUCGAGGUCUGUCAGACGUUGCACGAGAAGCUCAUUGAUCUCAUCGGCAACAAUAACGUUCCUAUUGUGUUGGUGGGGAACAAGUGCGAUUUGCACGCGGACCGUCAAGUGAGCUCGGAGGAAGGCCGCCGCUUGGCCGCCGAGAUCAAGGCCGUCUUUCUCGAGACGUCGGCCAAGAACAAUCAGAAUGUGGCCGAUGUGUUUCAUAAGGUGCUCUCCGAGAUGGAGAAGGAUAGUGGAACAUUGGACAACGGCGAGAAGAAAUGCGUGAUUUCAUGAUGAACCCCGGUCCCGUGCUACCCGAGCGCCCAACGAAUGAACGCAAAACGCACAUUGAUGGUUGACAGGCGGACCCCCACAGCCCGUGGGCAGGGACCAGACCUAAGGAAGAGGCCACUGUCCGGAAUCUUUUUGCCCCUCUUGUUUUAUCAUCGUAUGAUGUAUUAUUUGUCCACGAUAUUCUAGCUGCAUUUCAAACCCGUCUCGGAUAGCUAUCUAUCCAUGAGGACUAUCAUACGUCUGGUGACGGCAGUUUUAAUUCGAAGAUGACUUCAGUUUGUCAUCUUUCUUCAAGUGUCUCCCACGCUCUCCAAUCCACGCCCACAAUGCUCCGAACGUGAAGCCAUCCCUUGAAGAGGGCAUCACCAAUCCUCUAGUAGCCACGAAUUCAUCGACUUGAAAGAUAACCCCCCACCCGCCCUUCCUUCUCCUUCUGUCUGUUUGAAAACACGCCAUAACAUGUGAAAUAUAUAUAUUGUUUGAGCACAACAAAAACAACGA